CCUAGCCAGCUGAAUACCUGACACACAAGACUCUGAACUCUCUGAACACCAUGGUGAGUUCAAAGAGACUUGCUCAGAUGGCCAAGAAGUGGCAGAGCGUGGCGGGCAUGGGGAGGAAGAGGCUCACCCGGACAACGACUAACGAGUGCUGCGCAACGUCACCGGUGGCGGUGAAGGGCCACUGCGUGGUGUACACUGCCGACGGAGCGCGCUUUGAGGUGCCGCUGGCAUACCUCGGAACGGCGAUCAUCGGCGAGCUCCUGAGCAUGUCCCACGACGAGUUUGGAUUCGCGAGCGACGGAAGGAUCACCCUGCCGUGCGAUGCGGCGGUGAUGGAGUACGUCAUGUGCCUGCUUAGGAAGAACGCAUCGGAAGAGGUUGAGAGGGCUCUCCUGAGCUCCGUGGUCAGGACUUGCCACCAGGAUAGUGGCUCGGAGCCAUCCAUGGGAGUUACUAGAUCAGUAGCUGUUUCUAGUUUCUAA